CGACCGUGGGCAGCGGCUUUUGAGUCUGUGUGUGCAUAACCUGAGGCCCUAUCUCUGUCCUACGCUGGUGGUGCCAGGCUGCCCGCCGGGAUGCAGUGGGCCGUGGGCCGGCGGUGGGCAUGGAUCGCCCUAUUUCUGGCUGUCGCCGCGGUGCUUACCCAGGCGGUUUGGCUGUGGCUGGGUACUCAGAGCUUCGUCUUCCAGCGAGAAGAGAUAGCGCAGCUUGCUCGACAGUACGCUGGACUGGACCAUGAGCUGGCCUUCUCUCGGCUGAUCGUGGAGCUGCGGAGGCUGCACCCAGGCCAUGUGCUGCCGGAUGAGGAGCUGCAGUGGGUGUUUGUGAACGCGGGUGGCUGGAUGGGCGCCAUGUGCCUUCUGCACGCCUCGCUGUCUGAGUACGUGCUGCUCUUCGGCACCGCCCUGGGCUCCCGUGGUCAUUCGGGGCGAUACUGGGCUGAGAUUUCUGACACCAUCAUCUCAGGCACUUUCCACCAGUGGAGAGAGGGCACCACGAAAAGUGAGGUCUUCUACCCAGGAGAGACAGUUGUACACGGACCUGGAGAGGCAACAGCUGUGGAGUGGGGACCAAACACGUGGAUGGUGGAGUACGGCCGAGGUGUCAUUCCAUCUACCUUGGCAUUUGCACUGGCUGACACUGUCUUCAGCACCCAGGACUUCCUCACCCUCUUCUAUACCCUUCGCUCCUACGCCCGGGGCCUUCGGCUUGAGCUCACUACCUACCUCUUUGGCCAAGACCCCUGACCAGCCAGGCCUGAAGGAAGACCUGUGGAUGGACAGGAGCGGGCAGGACCACAUUCAUCUACUUGCUGGAACUCAUGUGCACAGACAGCAGCAUACACCAUGCAGAUAUUAAGUUCCCACUGUAUGAGGAAGGGCAUACAUAGUUAUACAUCCAAACACAGCUCUUUGGGAGCAAAUGAGACACAUAGAGAUGCCAAAAUUUGUACUGUAAGAUCAUGCACUCAUAUCCAUCCAGAGAGAGCCCCUACAUAUAUACCAGAGGGAGCCAGUCAUGUUUGAACAUCCAUCACAAACUUGACUCACUGACUCAGGCUUUUCCAGAGCUUGCUGCUGGCAUUUAGGGGUCUGGGAUUAAGGAUUGGGGUGGAUGUUCCAUUCUGCCUCACUCUGAUGCCUCAGUCCAGUAGGGAUCUCAGUGAAGGAAAAGUGGACCUGCCCUUGGGAGGUGCCCUUCACCUGCAGCCAUAAUGUUCUUCCCUUCAUGUCCCUUUUCCUCACCAUAUGCCUUAUCUCCAUUCCACCCCCUGCUAUGCAAGUGCCCCUGUGGCUUGUCCUCCAUGCCCUCAGCAACCAACUUGGCUGGGAAAGCAGAAGAAUGUAUGGAAUGCUAAAGGGAGUGCCUCCAUCUCAGAGACCCCUAUUGGGCUUAAGCCCAGGCCUGUCCCCAAGGAGAGGGCUUGGAGAAGGAAACUUGGGUCCAAGGAGCCACCCUAGUCCAAAAGAAACCCUUAUGUGCACACCCCUCUGUUUCCAGACAUUUCUGUUGCAUUCUCUGUCUACCUGUCUGUCUCUGGUAAUAAAAGUUUGUUAAA